AUGUCUCCUCCGCAAAACUCCGUGCUUGCACGGGCAAUUGUUUCAUACGAACCUACUGAAGGCCAAAUAGACUUGAGACUCGAAGAUGUCUCGAUACGAGACCUGAAAGAUGAUGAAGUGUUGAUUCGAGUCGUUGCAACGGGCAUAUGCCAUACAGACCUCUUGUUUGGAGCCAUGCAACCUCCGUUCACGCCAUACCCCAAGGUCCUCGGUCAUGAAGGUUGGUAUUUUCCACAACUUCGAUUCUCGCAGGCAGAGCUGACGGGGAAAGGGGCGGGAUACAUUGAGCAAGUCGGGAAGAACGUCCAAGUUGGCAAGCCAGGUGACGCCGUCUUGCUUUCGUUCUCGUAUUGCAGCACAUGUCGAGACUGUUCUGCUCUUCACCCAUCAUACUGUGAAUCGUUCUCGACGGUGAACUACGUUACGGACCCUGAAACAUUUCUCUCUCCUGAUGGGCAGAAUAUUGGCGGCCUUUUCUUCGGACAGUCAAGUAUGGCUAGUUACACGAUUGCAAGGCAGGCUUCCGUCGUCAACGUUUCCUCGCUCAUCCACGACGAGUCAGAGUUGAAGAUUUUUGCUCCUUUAGGAUGUGGCUUCCAAACGGGGUUCGGAGCCAUCGAUCUGGUGGCCAAGGCAGGCUCUGGUGACGCGGUUGUCGUGAUGGGAAUUGGAGGAGUCGGCUUCUCGGCCAUUGCGGGUGCAAAACUUAACAAAUGCCACACCAUCAUCGCAAUUGACCGGGUUGAGCAAAGGCUUCAACUUGCCCGAGAGUUUGGAGCGACACAUGUCAUAAAUAGCACUGAAACCGAGGAUCUGGUUGCAGAAGUAAAGUCCCUCACGAAGGGCGCAGGCUCCACAAUUACACUCGAUACUACUGGCAAUAUGAGACUCAUUGAGAAUGGGUUGGCCAUGACUGCAAACCGGGGACAGAUGAUAGUCGUUGGAGUUCCACCCAUGGAUGCUCAACUGAUCGUUCAUGUGGUAUCUUUCUUGCAAACAGGGAAGAUAUUGCGAGGUUGCAUUGAAGGCGAUGCAACACCCGGAGAGUACAUACCCACGAUGAUCAAGCAUUUCCGGGCUGGUCAGUUCCCCAUUGACAAGCUGGUCAAGCUAUAUCCUGUAGGUGAUUUGCAUCCACUUCCCCUUCCGUGUUGA